AUGUUAACUGCAUAUUUUGAGGCCUGUCAGAUUUAUGAAGAAGCUAGAGAACUGACAUACAUUCAGUUCCCAAGUCGGUUUACCUACCACUCUGAUGUAAAAACGUGGACCCCAAGGAAAUCCGGUUCAUCAAUAGGAAGAAUAAUAUACAUUCAUCCAGCAUCAGGUGAUCUUUAUUACCUUAGGAUUCUUGUCAACGUCGUCAAAGGACCUUGCAGUUUCGAUGAUCUCUACACAGUUGGAAGCACAAAAUACGAAUCGUUUCGAGAGGCCUGUUAUGCUCGGGGGUUGCUCGACGAUGACAAAGAAUGGCAUGAUGCUAUUGAUGAGCCUUCCUACUGGGCUACUGCUCGACAGCUCGGAAGGUUAUUCAUCACGAUUUUAAUAUAUUGUGAGGUUGCUAACCCUUUGAAGCUUUGGGAUCAUGCAUGGAAGUUACUGGCCGAGGACAUCCUGUACAUGAAACAGAGAGAAUUUAGUUUCCCUGGAUUAAUUCUCCAAGACAAUGAGCUGCAGCAGUACACGUUGAUAGAGCUUGAAAGACUCUUAAAAGAGAAUGAUAAAUCCCUUACUGAUUACCCUGGAAUGCCAAAGCCUGAUAAAUCUAUCAAACAAGAAGUCUCAACCACUGUCCUCCGCCAAGAACUCAACUACGACACUAAGAAGGAGGCCAUUGAGUAUGAGAAACUAUUUAGCACGUUGAAUGAAGACCAGCAAAGAGUCUUCACUGCGGUCGUUGAUUAUGUUGAACGCCAGACUGGGCAGUUGUUUUUCUUAUAUGGAGCAGGAGGUACUGGGAAAACGUACGUGUACAGAACUCUUAUCGCAAGGCUGAGGUCAGUUGGUAAAGUUGUUAUUCCUGUUGCAUCUGCUAGGAUUGCAGCUCUGUUACUCCCCGGAGGAAGGACAGCACACUCCCGUUUCAAACUCCCUCUAACGUUAAACAAUGUGUCUAUGUGUAACAUAACAAAAGGAUCUAUGCUUGCAACUUUGAUAUCAAAAACAGACUUGAUAAUAUGGGACGAGGCUCCCAUGGCACACCGUCAAGCUUUUGAAACCUUGGAUCGCACACUGAGAGACUUGCUAUCUGCAGGAGAUCCAUCCGCUGCAUCAAAGCCAUUUGGGGGUAAGACUGUGCUCCUCGGUGGAUAUUUCAGACAGAUACUGCCUGUAAUUCCUCAAGGAACUCGAGAAGACACCGUCAAUGCUUCGGUAAGCAAUUCCUACUUGUGGCGUUCAGCACAAGUACACACCUUGAGCAUCAACAUGAGACUGAGACAAGCUGACAAGGAGUUUGCGGAAUGGAUCUUGAGCGUUGGGAAUGGAACGGCGGCCACUGUGGAAACAGAUGCAGGGAGUCAUGAGGAUGGAGAAAAGAUUGUAAUAGCAGAUGAGUUUAUGCUUCCACAGAGUGACAACACGUAUCAGUUGGUAUCAGAUGCUGCAUAUCCAAACUUCGUAGAAAACUACUUAAACCGGUCCUACUUGACAGAUAGAGCUAUUUUAGCACCAACUAAUGCAAGUGCACAAGAGCUGAACUCUUACCUACUGUCUAAGGUUCCAUCUGCAGAAAAGGAAUAUCUAAGUUCUGAUACAAUCGCCUUCGAAUCUACCCCUACAGACGAUUGGACAAAGAACUACACGCAAGAGUACUUAAACUCUUUAGAGUACCCAGGUUUGCCGACCCAUAAACUUUGCCUCAAGGUUGGAGCUCCUGUGAUGAUGUUACGCAAUCUCAACCAGCGAAAUGGACUGUGUAAUGGAACCAGAAUGGUAGUUUCGCGUCUUGGUCACCGAGUACUUGAAGCACAGAUUAUGACAGGCACUCAUGUAGGAGAAGGAGUCUUGAUACCACGGAUUCAGUUGUCUCCAGACGACAGUCUCCAUCCAUUCACUUUCCGAAGAAGGCAGUUCCCUAUAAGACUAUGUUAUGCCAUGACUAUUAAUAAGAGUCAAGGACAGAGUCUUAAACAAGUCGCUCUCUACCUUCGAAGACCAGUUUUUAGUCAUGGACAGUUGUACGUGGCGCUCUCGCGAGUAACAACACCUGAGGGACUUAAAGUACUAGAUGAUACGGAAGGUUCAAGCCAAAGAGAUGUUGUUACUAACAUUGUCUUCAGAGAGGUUUUCAUUAAUCUGAACACAAGUGAGUCACAGAUAUAA